AAGACACUUGAACAAUUUUCUAGCCUAACUCUCUGUGAACCUCUGAGAAAUUCACCAACUACGUAGUCUGAGCUAAGACUCCACCCUCCAACCUUAAUAAAGAAACACAGGUUUUUGUCAACAUUUUCAUUCAAUUUUAAGACCUUAAUGUCUUGUCCACCUCACCCUCACCACACCACCCUCAUUUAAACACCAUCUAGGUUUCCUAUCUCCCCCCUUCAUACUCCUCCAUUUUUCAUUGCUUUAAUAGUCUUGAAUCUGCUUUCAAUUCUCUCCUCAUCCAUCUUUUUUCAAAACUUGUUUUUUCUCCCUGUUUGAUAGCAACUUAACAGCCAAGUGCUUCACUCGUUUACUCUGUUCACUCCCAUCUUCUACUUGAUAACAAUCAUAACUUACCUCAAGUACUACACAGUACACAAGCUUUAGAUUUUCAAAAAGGUGAUAUUUAUUCUCAACCUAAACUCUUACAUAGGGGACUCAUUCUAUUCAUGUCUUUUGCUUGUGUUCAAGAUCUGAGAGAACCAAUUGGUCUGCAUUUUUGUCUUUGAUAUCUGGUAUGGAUCUUGCAAGCAGAAGAUACUUGAUUUAUGUCUCACAACAUGUUUCACAAUCAGAACCACUUUCUCCGGUCACAAGUCCAGGGGGUUCAUUCUUUCAUCCUCACCAGCACUCUUCUAGCACCAGUUUUCCCAUCAUUGCGAUUGCCAUAAUAGGAAUAAUGGCCACGGCUUUCUUGCUUGUGAGCUACUACAUCUUUGUGAUCAAAUGCUGCCUCAACUGGCACAGAAUCGAUAUUCUAAGACGUUUCUCUCCGUCUAGAAGGCGUGAAGAUCCAUCACCAAUGUACUCACCAGGCACAGAAGCGCGUGGACUAGAUGAGGCAAUGAUCCGGUUAAUCCCUGUGAUUCAAUACAAGACACGAGGGGACGAUAGAGAAUCUGGGGAAUGUGCUGUUUGCUUGAAUGAGUUUCAAGAAGAGGAGAAGCUCAGGAUUAUACCAAAUUGCAGUCAUGUGUUUCACAUUGAUUGCAUAGAUGUUUGGCUUCAGAGCAAUGCCAAUUGCCCUCUGUGCAGAACAAGCAUUUCCUUGACAAGCAGAUUCCACGUGGAGCAGCUUCUUGCCCUAAGAUCUUCUUCCCCUCCGGAUCAAACUCCACCCAGGGAAAACCUCAUUGGAAGAGAUGAAGAUUUUGUUGUAAUUGAAUUGGGCAAUAUCCAUGACAGAAGCCAGAAUUUGCAAGAGAGAGGAAAUGGUUUGGAGUUACCAUCACCAACAUCUGUUAUGCGUUCUUGUACACCAAGGAAAUUGGAACAAGGAAAUGUGCAGAAGAAAGCAAUGAAACUGCAUAAGGUGACAAGCAUGGGAGAUGAGUGUAUUGAUAUCAGAGCAAAAGAUAAGCAGUUUUCAGUGCAACCAAUCAGAAGGUCUUUCUCCAUGGAUUCAUCAGGGGAUAGACAGUUCUAUUUAGCAGUUCAAGAAGCUCUGAGGCUGCAGAACAGGCAAGUGAAUGAAGUCAGCACCACUGAAGGGUGCAGUGGUGGUGGUGGUAGCAAUAGAGUGAAGAGAUCAUUCUUUUCCUUCGGACAUGGAAGUAGAUCCAGGAGUUCUGUGCAACCUGUUUCUUUGGAACCCUGAAAUUUCUCUUUUCUCCUCCCCUCUUUCCAUUAUGUUUGCAACUUGCAAGUUUCUUAGUUUUUUUUUUUUUUUUUUUUUGUGAGAUAGAGAUGUUACUAUGUUAGAUGAUGAACAGGUCAUAGGAUUGUAUGACACACAAAUAUUCAAUUGCAUUUAAUUUUAACUUGAAACCAUUAUUGCUGUAUUUGUAUGUUUCUGAGUGUGUAAAAUGGCAUAGUGUUGUGGUUC